AUGGCCGUCAACAUGGAUCGGGAGGGCAAAGUGGGCUGUGCUUACUAUAGCGCCGUGGAUGAAACGCUGUUUCUUGAGGACGACAUAGCCAUGGGAGGCAUAGAGACUGUUGAAACCUUUCUCCUUCACCUGGAGCCAACCUCGGUUCUCAUUUCCAAUCGUGCAGCGGAUUCACUAGUUCAAUUUCUCGAACCAAACGCACAAAAGUUCGAUGAUGAUCAGACAUCACGUACAGACAAAGGCCCGUAUAUUUUACGCCACCUUGUUUCAGCACAGUUCAACUACGACACAGCGAGAGAGCUAUUAGCCAAUGUCGGCAUUUUCUCGGACGAGUCGCAAGAGCCCGACCCCCUUCAGGUGCAGUCUGGAGAGGAAGAGCCUAUUCAAUGCAUUGGGUCUUCUAGCCAUAUCAACCUUGUGCGCCUGGCAAGAAUCAUCAAUUUGGAAAGCCAGCUUUCUGUAGGGUGUGCUGGGGCAGUUCUCACCGACCUCGAACGCCGAAGGGCAGUGGAGGAAGAGUCCGGCUCCGGUGAAGAAGGGAAGGUUCCGUUCCGGGUGAAACGUAUCAAGAUGAACCUUUCCACAGAUACCAUGCUGCUCGGCGCCGAUGCCCUGAUAUCUCUUAACAUUAUACGUCCGCAUCUUCAAGCCAUUCCUGGACUCCGCGGGUCUAGCGACGAACCACGAGCCAAAGAAAACCUCUCUGUAGCGGACCUUCUGGCCUCGCUGGCAUCAACGACGCAGGGAAAGCAGAAAGUGCGCCAGAUGCUGCUGCGGCCAAGUCUCAACCUCGACGUGAUACAUCAACGCCAGUCGACGAUUCAUAUGAUGUUGGAUCCAGAGAAUGUUUCAAUCGUGAAGAGUAUGCGCAAACUGCUCAAGAGGUUGAAGAGUCCCAAGACACUGCUGCUCCACGUAAAGAAAGGCGUGGAUCGUGUAAGGGGCCAUCUGUCGCUCCGAAUGGGCGACUGGAAAGCUGUGGUUCGCUUUGCUACAGUUGCUGCCAACGUUCACCAGGCCGUGACCUCACUUGUCCGCACCUCGGGGCUUGAGAUCAUCUCCAAGAUCUGCGACACGAUUGAUCCUCGUCCGUUUCUUCUUCUUGCCGACAAAAUCAUGAGAACAUUUGACUUCGAGGCUUCCAAGGACAGCCAACGUACCAUCAUUUUGUCGGGUGCAAGCCCUGGACUGGAUCAGCUUAGGCAAGAGUUGGCGGAGGUCUGUGACAUGCUUCCUGAUAUCAGGGAUAACAUUGCGAGGGAGGCUCCCAGGUGGGCAAACAAACAUAUUCUACACUGCACCGUCAUGGAACAGUCGGGCUUUCUUAUCGGUGUUGCCAUCAAGCCAGAUACCGGCGUGGGGGUCUACUAUGGGCAUGACCUCCUCGAUGAUGAAUGGGAACUGGUCUUUGUGACCGAAGGAGUCGCCUAUUACAAGAACAAGCUGAUGCACGAUCUCGACUCACAAUAUGGCGACUUACCAUCCUACAUCACCGAAGAAGAAAUGCUUCUGGUCAUGGAGCUAUCUGGCCAUGUUCGAGAGCAGGAAAAGGCAAUCCUCGCCGCCUCGGAAAUAUACGGUGAACUUGACAGUCUGUCAGCAUUGGCCUCCGCGGCGGAAAAGUACAACUGGGUGGCACCUACGAUGACCACUUCCAACAUCAUCGACAUUAUCGACGGACGCCACCCCCUCCAAGAGUUGGUAGUUCCGUCAUUUAUACCCAACAAUUGCAAGAGCGUCUACAUGAAACAGGUUGCGCUCAUUGUACAGCUGGCCCAUGUGGGGAGUUUUGUCCCUGCAGGGAGAGCCACAAUAGGUCUGACGGACCGCAUUCUGACGAGAAUUCUGACGCGCGAGACAGUUCUCGACGACCAAAGUGCUUUUAUGAUCGAUAUAAAGCAGGCAGCUUUUGCGUUGAAUUUUGCCACAAAGAGGAGCUUACUUGUAGUCGACGAGUUUGGAAAGGGUACCACGGCAUCAAACGGCGCGGCUCUUCUCGCUUCAUAUCUGUCCCAUUUUAUCGAGCUUGGGAAAUCGCAGCAACCAAAGGUUCUUGCAGCAACGCACUUUCAUGAGGUGUUCGAAAAUGGCCUACUCGAUGGCUACCAAGAAGACGACCUUGCUUUGGCGCACAUGGAUGUUCGUCUCAACCUGGGAGCAGAUGCGAUCGAGGACCAGGUCACAUACUUGCAUCGUCUCUUGCCGGGGCGGGGCCCAUCAAGUUUGGGAAUAAAGUGUGCCGAGAUGCGAGGCAUACCGGCCCGUAUUCUGAAUCGAGCGGAUGAGAUUGUCGAGAUGUUGGAGGCUGGGGUCAGCUUGACGCAGGUGCCAGCAAGGCUCUCGGGUGAAGAGUUGCAAAGGCAGAUCGAGGCAACUUUUUUGACAAGGUGGCUUCUCGCGCUGCCUAGAGGUGUGUUGGAGAGAGCUAAGAACGGGGACCCGUCUAUUGAUAUGAGGGCCAUGUUGGAGCAGGCGAUGCGAGAUGCUAGGCAGGCGGCUCUUGAUGGUCUCGCAGAGUAUGUCGGUGAGGAUGGCGGCCUCAGUGGUGAUUGUGAGAUGGAAGGCGAGGAAGAGGAUAUUGAGAUGGAAGAUGCUGGGGAGUCGUCGGAUUUUGACUGGUAA